ACUAGAGGAGUGAAACUAAAUAGUUUUACUUCUAGCCAAUUAUGGGUUCAGAUAGAUCAAGAUCUGUGAGAUUUCAAGAUGAACUUGAGACAAAUACGUUAAUGGACAACAAAGAAAAACACUUGUCAUUGGUGGCCUGUGAUGAGAUGAGUGCUAAACACAAGGUUGAGAAGGAUACCAUAGGCAAGUCAGGUGAUGGAAGAGAACUUUCCAGGGUCUUUUCUGAGGACUAUGAUUCAGCACAGAUUUUGAUAUUAGAUCCCAGGGGACCUACAAUAAAUACAUGGAAUAAAAUUUUCUUAGCAGCAUGUUUGCUUUCACUGUUUGUGGAUCCCCUUUUCUUUUACUUACCAGUGGCUAAGAAAGACAAGUGCAUUGAUAUGUCAACUGCUCUUGAAGUGUUCCUCACCAUAAUCCGGUCUCUGAUAGAUGCAUUUUACAUUAUUCAGAUUUAUUUUCGGUUUCAAACAGCUUAUAUUGCUCCUUCCUCUCGUGUUUCUGGUAGAGGAGAGCUUAUUAUAGACUCUUCAAAAAUUGCAUCAAACUACAUGCGAAAAGACUUCUGGCUUGAUCUUGUGGCUGCUCAACCACUUCCACAGGUAUUAAUUUGGGCCGUAAUUCCAAAUUUAAAAGGGUCUCAAAUGAUUGCUUCAAGGCAUGUUUUGCGCCUUGUUUCCAUUUUCCAGUACUUCUUGAGGUUGUAUCUUAUUUAUCCUCUGUCAUCUGAAAUCGUCAAGGCAAAUGGGGUAAUGAUGGAAAAGGCAUGGGCUGGGGCAGCAUAUAAUCUGAUGCUCUAUAUGCUGGCUAGUCAUGUUUUAGGAUCCUCUUGGUACCUGUUGUCAAUUGAACGCCAGAAUGAAUGUUGGAAGAAAGCUUGUACACUGCAGUACCCACAGUGCCAGUAUCAUUAUCUUGAUUGCCAAAGCAUGGCUGACCCAGAUAGGAUUGCUUGGUUAAGAUCAAGCAAUCUCUCUAGCCUAUGUGAUCAGAACAGUGACUUCUUUCAAUUUGGCAUUUUUACUGAUGCUCUAAAUUUGGAAAUUACAGCCUCAAAAUUCUUCAACAAGUACUAUUACUGUCUGUGGUGGGGACUAAGGAAUCUAAGCUCUGUGGGACAAAAUCUAUUGACUGGCACACGAGUUGCAGAAAUCAAUUUUGCUGUGAUCAUUGCAGUUCUUGGAUUGGUGCUUUUUGCAUUACUCAUUGGAAAUAUGCAAACAUACUUGCAAUCCACCACUACGCGGCUAGAAGAAUGGAGAAUAAGAAGAACAGAUACGGAAAGAUGGAUGCGUCACAGGCAGCUCCCUCGUUUCCUGAAGCAAAAUGUAAGACGUCAUGAACAAUUCAGAUGGGCUGCUACAAGAGGAGUUGAUGAGGAAACUAUUCUUAGAGACCUUCCCACAGAUCUAAGACGUGACAUCAAACGCCACCUUUGCCUCAAUCUAGUUCGACAAGUACCAUUGUUUGAUCAAAUGGAUGAGAGGAUGCUAGAUGCAAUAUGUGAAAGGCUGAAACCUUCUCUUUUCACUCCAGGGGCUUGUGUGGUUCGUGAAGGUGACCUUGUGAAUGAGAUGCUUUUCAUUGUUAGAGGACGCCUAGAUUCUUGCACCACCAAUGGUGGCAGAACAGGUUUCUUCAACUCAUGCAGACUUGGCUCUGGUGACUUCUGUGGUGAAGAGCUUCUGCCAUGGGCCUUGGACCCUCGUCCAACGGUUGCCCUUCCUUCCUCAACUCGCACAGUGAAAGCCAUCACUGAAGUGGAAGCCUUUGCACUCAUUGCUGGGGACUUGAAGUUUGUGGCAGCACAGUUCAGAAGGUUGCACAGCAAACAACUGAGGUAUACUUUUAGGUUCCACUCCCAUCAGUGGAGGACUUGGGCUGCAUGCUUCAUACAAGCUGCAUGGUUCAGGUAUAAGAGAAUAAAGGAGACAAGUGAGCUCAAGAGAAAGGAGAAUAUGAUGAUGGCUUUUGUGCCUGGAACUUGCACUGAACAUUUCUCUGCACCUCUUCAAGCUCCAAUGGGCACUAUGUAUGCUGCAAAACUAGCAUCCGGCCCAAGGAAAGGUAGAAGCCUGAGAUACGGACCUGAACUUGAUAUCCUUGGCUCACUGAGGAAGCCCCUUGAACCAGACUUCACUGAUGAUGACAGUUAAAACAUGAAAACAUUGAAAAAGUGUGUGUGAUAGGAAAUGAGUAUGUGGUUCUUGUUAGUUCUAGUAAAAUUUGUAGCUAUGAAGCAGUCCUGAUCUUUUAGAAUACGACAAAAGGAUGGAAAUAAAUUGGAUCUAAGGCAAAUUUUUUGUAUGAAUAAACGAGUUGACUGCUGCUACAACACAAGUUCCUUUGUACAUGAUUCUAUAAUCUAAUUCUAGUACAGUUUAUUUGUA